CAAGGAAUUAAUCACUUACAAAAAGAAGCAAAUUGAAUAUCAACAGAUUUUUUAGCAAGGAUUCGUAUUUCAAUUUAGUUUUGAUUAUCUAAGGAGGAAGUAUAAAGAUUUUGACACGUAUAGAGGUGAAAAUUAUUAUGUAUAAAAAGAAAGGAAUAUCAGUGACGAACAAUGUACAGAAUAUUACCUUGCAUAGAUACACCCUAGUAAACCUGCUAUAUGUUUUGUUAUAAGAAAAGCGUUAGAUGAUUAAUUUUUGUUAGAAACCCGUUCUGUUGGUAGAGAAAAACAUUUAAUGGUUGUCGGUCUUCAAACAGGUGGAAGCAGUACUAUAGAUACAAAUGAUUCAUACACAAAUUGUUCAUUCACAUCGUCAAAUUAUGUAACUGUAACUAAUUUUAAUAAUUCUGACAACAUUAACAUUACCGAUUUGCCUUUUGAAACAAAUGCAAUACCUUUAGAGGAAAUUACAAAAUGGAUUUGGAGAAUAAUAUCACCAAUAAUAUUUAUUGUCGGAGUUUUUGGAAACAUAGGAAUUAUUAUUGUUUUGUGUCGGUUGAAAAAAUGGAAAGAGAUAACCUACAACUUCCUUUUUAUUCUUUCUGUUUCGGACACUACCGUACUUAUAACUGGAUUAAUGAGACGAUGGAUUCUAGCAACGUUUGACUUUGACAUUCGGAUCAUUUCUGACUUCAGUUGUAAACUGAAUGUCUUUAUGAUAUAUUUUUCAAUGCAUAUUUCGUCGUGGAUACUUGUUUCCAUAACUGUUGAGAGGUUUGUAAAAUCUUGGUUUCCGUUGCAGUAUUAUUCAGCAAAAUUUUCAUCCCUACUUAAAAUAAUUCUUAUGGUACCAAUAGUGAUGAGCUUCGUAAUGGAUGGUCCUCUUUUUAUUACAAACGGUUUGGUGAAGAUACAGAAUGAAUAUGUAUGCAAUAACACAUCAUCUGAAUCUUACAAUUAUGAAGAAAAAUAUUAUGUUGUCAUUGAUCUUGUAUGGUUGUCUUUACUUCCAUUUGUGCUGAUGUUUAUUAUGAAUAUCUUUAUUGGAGAAACAUUACGGAGCUCUGGACGAUUGCGCGAAUCAUGUGUACGGGAUAAAGACUAUAAAAAGCGCAACAAAAGAAGUAGUAAAAGUCUUACUCGGAUGUUAUUCUUCACUAGUAUAUAUUUUCUAAUAACUACACUUCCAAUAUCAAUUUUCUUUGUAGUUGAUUCGUUUACCACAUCAAAAACUACAUUAAAAUCAGCAAAACUUGGGCUUUCAGAAGCAAUUCUGUAUUUGUUUCAAUUUUCUAAUUAUGGAAUUAACUUUUACAUCUACGUCAACGUCAAUGCAACGUUUAAAAAGAAUCUACCAGCAAUUUGCAAUAGAAAUAUGUAAGCAUAUGUUGCAGAUAAAAAAAGAUUUCGUCUUUUAACGACGAUCUUAAUAUUUUAGGUUAAACUGAAGAAUUAGCAUUGAUUAUAAAUUACAAAGUUAUAUUUAAUGUUAAGAAAAUAAAGUGUAAAACAAAACCUUU